AUCGUCGAUAAGGUGACGGCGCGCGCGCACUCGACCAGUGCCGCGGUACCCUCCGGCGCAAGAGCCGCGCUUCGCCAGCCCGCCUACCUCGCCUCGAUAAAUAUUAUACAACUGAUAGCAUUACCGGCGAUUGUUUUGUAAACUGACCUGUUGUGACAAGGAUUGCUUUACUUUGACUUGUGCGGUUGAACAGAAGCAAAGUAGGUGCUAUUUAUAAGAAGAUUACAACUUCGCGUCUGUACAAUGGCGAUGAAGGAAUGGCUACAACGGCUGCCCCCGCCGCGCUCUCUGCUCGCGCUGCUGCUGGCCACGGCUGGCUUCAGCGGGCGGCUGUUCGCCUCGCAUGUCACCAAUUCGCCCACGCUCGUCGUCGACACCUGCCACGCGCUGUGCCGCCUGGUGGGUCUCAUCACCACGCUCAUCGCCUACAAGUUCUCGCGCGCCGACGAGAACGCUGGGCGCGAGGGCAAGCUGCGCAACACGUUCGGCUGGGCGCGCAUCGAGGUGGUGGGCAGGCUGUCCGUGCACGUGCUGUUCGCUUCCUUCGCGUUCGCGCUCCUCGUCAACGCGCUGCAGCUCGGCGUGCACUCCUCGCACGUGCAGCCGCCGAGGUUUCCGCGCGUCAUUGUCGCCACCGCUGUUAUAGGACUGCUGCUGCAUGCGGUCAACUACAUGCUACUUGCUGGUCGCGAGUUGAGCUACAGCCGACGCCUGAGCAUGACGGAGAGCGGCGGCGUGGUGCUGAAGCAGGGCGUCGGCGAGCCGGUCCUCGCGCAUGCGCCCACUGACAUCGCCAGCAGUUUGUUCGUGAUGGCCGCCGGGCUUACGUUGGAGUGGGAGGGACAUGCGGCAGGCAUCGUUGAUCCCGCACUCUCUGCUAUCGCCGCGAUUGUGCUUGUUUGCUUCAACUAUCCUUUCAUGCGUUCAGCGGGCAUGAUCCUGUUACAAACCGUGCCAGAGGGCCUGGGCGCGUGCGAGUUGAAGGCGGCGGCGCUGCGCGUGCCAGGCGUGCUGGCCAUCCACGAGCUGCACGUGUGGCAGCUGCACCGCGACCACGUCGUGGCCACCGCGCACGUCGCCUACUCCUCGACAGAGGACUACUUGAAGACGUCAGCGCUCGUGUGCGAUGUGUUCAAGCGGCACGGCAUCGGUCUCGUCACGCUACAGCCAGAGUUCAUGCUGACCCAACUCGUCGGCACAGAGGAGGAGCAGAAAUCGCUAAUACAGUUGGCAAAUGAAGCGUGCGCCAACCCCUGCGCGAAGGAAUGCAUCGGCCCGCGCUGUUGCCAGCCGCCUCCCAAACCUAAAGUCGCGCGGGUGUGAGCUGCCCGUUGCAGCUGAAUGAUUCUUGCCAUAGGUUCAUACCAACAAUCAAAGCACCAG